GUUUCUAACCUAUAGACGCUUUUUUGCAUCGGCAAACACCUAACUGAGACCGAUUUUUACGAAACGAAACAUCAACAAUAAAAUAGCAGACAGGUUGCUCGUUAUAAUUAUUUGAUACUAUUUCACGCUGGCUUCAUAUUUGAAUGAUCGGUACCUGUCAGUGCCAGAUGAGAAGUUUGUCUGUGCUAUUGAAGAGGAAUUGGAAACAUUUCAACAGAGUUCACAUAUUGAUGUAGUUCUCCUGUACCCGCCUGUGGACAACUAUCACCGCUUUCUCAUCCAUAACACAGCCCAGGCCUUCGCAAGUCUACACAGCUUCUCUGUUGGAAGUGGGGCAGCCAGACGUACUGUGAUCUGCUGGAGGGAGGCACUACUAAUUAACAGGGGAGACACCUCUGGUGACAUGAGAGGCCGUGCACGCUCCAAGUAUCGGGAUAGACCUCCAAACCCUGGACAUGCCUCACCUAACUCAGUAGGUGGGGGAGACUGGAGUCAUGAUCGAUAUGAAGACAGUCCUGAUGACGCACCAGAUGAAGGCUCACCUAGAUGGGACUUGCCUAGCCUGGCACAGAGUACAAGUGUCACCUCCCCUGUCCCAGUAUCCAACACACGUGCAAGCACCAAGACAAUCACAGAUGGGCCAAGUGCAUCUGAGAGCAAUAAACCAGAAAAAACAAGAAAGAAAAGGGCAGAAGUUCAAGUUUAUGUUCCAAGAGCAAAACGGCAGCAGCAGCAACUACUUGAGCGUCAGCAACACCAGCAGCAACAAGAGUAUGAGCAUCAGCAGCCACAGCAACAUCAUGGUCAUCAUAAUCAUCUACGGCAUGAUGAAAAUCAGCAACAGUCUUCACUGCAGCAUCAGCAGCAUGGUUCACAAAGCCGCCAAGAACAAGAUUCAGUAUGUGACAUGGAUGGUAAUGAAAUAGGUUCAGCUUAUAUAUUGGAAGAAAGUUUUCAGUUUGUUUCAAGUGAGGAUGUUGACACUCAUGAAAAUAAAGAACAAUUGGGUACAAAACCUUCUGAAAUUAUUGACAAGGAUAAAUGCAUCAAUAUGGAAGGGAAUGAAACUAAUGAUUAUGUUGGGAAAGUAGAUAAAGAAGGAGGAGAAGGAGUAGAAAAGCUUGUAAACACAAAUGUAUACAUGAAACAGAAAGUGGAAAGUGUUACAUGGCAUACUAUGAAUGUAAACAAAGAAGUAUUGGAUGUUGAAGGGGAAGAAAUGGAAUUUAAAACAGGAGAAAUAAAUGAACAAGAAAAAGUAAUUAAUAUGAAAGACGAAGAAAUAGAUACGAACGUUAUUGAUAUGAUGGAAGACAAACUUUAUGGAAGAGAUAAAAUAAGUGAAGAGGAAGAUAUACCAAGCAAGAACAGUAUUGAUUCAGACGCAAGAAAUGGUUCUGAAAUUGAACAAUUGUGUAAUACCGUCUCGGAUGCAGACAAUGCAGUGGCUUAUUCUACUAACUGUGUUACUCCAGAUUUGUCAUCAAAUGUAGAAAGUACAGAGUAUUCAGUAACUCAUAGAGAUGACAGUGCAAUUGAUCAUGGGCCUUCUUUUAGUGAAACUGAAGUAACAUUUCCAAGUAUUGAUACUAUGGAAGCUGAAUCAGAAACAAUACCUGAAAAUUGUGAUAUCACUCAAGACGUUAAUGUAGGCUUUAAACUAGUUGACACUGAAAGACAGCAAAUCUCACUUGCAUGCAAAACUGAUAGUAAUAACAUGGCGUCUGAAGGUGCUUCCGUAACUUUUGUUGCAGGUAUUGCAACAGAUAAGGGUUCAUCAAAGGAGAAAAAGAAAACUAAGGUAAAGCCAGCUAAACUGGGUAAAAAGAAAAAAGCCAUAAGGGAAUCGGAAGAAGGUGACACAACCCUUUCUGAAAAACUUACAUGUAAAGCACCUCAAAUCACUAAAGAAAAGAAAGUUGGUAAAGUUGGAAGUGUUAAAGUAGGAACAAAAAGUCUCGAUGAAGACUUGACUGGUUCAGAUCAUCGUGUGAAUGCUGAGGAGGAGGAUGAUGAAGAUGACUGGUUUUCAAAGUUUAACGAUGAGGGAGAUUGCCUCGAUGAGGAUGCCAUGGAAGAGCUGACGAGGGUGGUGGGAGAAGUAAAAAUUGAGAAGUCACAGAAGAUCAACUACCUCGACUAUCAGCCCAGAGACAAGGCCGAUAUGGAUUUUGAUCGCUACAAUCACAUCAUAGAGAUCUAUGACUUCCCUGCAGAGUUUGUCACACGAGAUCUCAUCACAGCUUUUCAGGCAUUCAUGUCUCGAGGAUUUGAUCUCAAGUGGGUUGACGAUACCCACGCUCUGGGGAUAUUUAACAGUCCAGUAGCCGCCCAGGAUGCGUUGAAUAGUGUUCACCCUUUGUUGAAGACAUGCCCUCUCACCAUGGCUUCAAAGCAGUCCAAACUCAAGGCCAAACGUUGUACAGAGUUCCUACAGCCCUACAAGCCACGCCCAGAGACUACCGCAGCGGCUGCUCGACGUCUGGUGGCAGGUGCCCUUGGCAUAGCAACCAAUGUAUCCAAGGAGAAACGGGAUAGGGAGCGACAGCAGCUUAAGGAGGCGAAAGAAAAACGUCGCCAGGAGCGAACCAACAGAGAACAGAUCUGGGAGUAUGGCAAGUGUGCCAUGGAUGAAGAAGGGAACACCUGAAGUAACAACAGAGCCCUGUUCUUGGAAAACCGUGCUAAGUGCAUGUGCGUAAAGUGUCGUCCCAGAUUAGCCUGUGCAUUCCAGACAUUCUAAUAAAGGAUGACACUUUCCGCCUAGAAUGGGUUUUUGUUAAGAAGAGACCUCCUUUAAACAAAAAAAUCCUUAAAAGCGGAAAAGUGGUAAGUUUUGGCUACGCCCAUGAAAUGAGCUAACUAUUUAAAUCGUACCAGGAAGAGUUGGGCAUUGAUUCAUAUCAGAAAAGAUUAAAAGCUGCUAUGUAAUAAAGUAAAUGUGUGCCAUUGUGUGAGAAUUGCUUUCUACGGACAUAAGUGCUGCCAGAUAAGAAGUGCAAUGGUUACUUUUGAAAUCAAGUGGGGAAAUGAUCAAGAAAGGUCUUGACAUUAUUUAUUUUUUAAGUGCAUUUAUGGUACACAUUGGAAAUAAUGCAUUGUAUCAUGUUUGUAUAUAAUUUUAAACUUAAAUUUGUGUUGUCCUCUACCAGUGAAACCGGAGGGGACUUCUGAUUUGCGCUCUGUGUGUCAGUCUGUCACACUUUUCUGGAUCCUGCGAUAACUUAAAAAAAUCUUCAUUUUUUUUCAUGAAACUUGAAACAUGGACAGAUGGCAAUAUGGAGAUUAUGCACGUCAUUUCAUUUUGUUCCUAAGUCAAGAAUUCUGGAUGCUAUGGCAACAAAUAGACUAGAAAUAUUGCUGAAAAUGGUGGAUCCUGCGAUAACUUUAAAAUGUCUUCAUAUUUUUUCAUGAAACUUGAAACAAGGAUAGAUGGCAAUGUGGAGAUUAUGCAUGUAAUAUCAUUUUGUACCUACGUCAAGAAGUCUGGUUGCUAUGGCAACAAAUAGACUAGAAAUAUUGCUGAAAAUGGUGGAGUUUCACUGGUAGGGGACUUAUAUUGCUUGGCAAUAGUCUUGUUUGAAAUGUUAUAAAUAAGGAUUUUUAUGUGUAUAGCUUUGAAAUGUUACCUUAUAAAGACUGUUAAGAUCUUUUUGUGCUGGUUGUAGUGUGUAACAUGUUGGUGCUAGUAGCCGUUUACUUCAGGUAUUUAGUCUUAAAUGUGUAUUACAGUAUUUAUAAGGAAUUUAUUUUUGUUAGUAAAAUUAUGUUGGUAAAAGAGAGUGUAGGUAUUUAUUAUACACUUCAAUCAUACAGUGUACCUCAUUCAUCUGUGUGUUAUUGUACGUAAACAUGUUAUAAUGUCAUGAUUAAUUUAAUAUAUUUUUAGUUUAUUUUAAACCAAUUCAUGGAUGUUCCUCAUAUAUCUGUGUGUUAUUAUGCGUAAACAUGUUAUAAUGUCAUGAUUAAUUUAAUAUAACCAAUUCAUGGAUUUCAUUAAAAAAACAAAGACAUUGGAGAACAUACUGACAAGCAUUCUCAAGUCAUUUCUUAGGAAAAACCAGAAAAUAUCCAAGAAAGGUCCCAGAUUGGGAACUGUCCUGUGACCUUCUGUUGCAAGGAAGACCCCAUUUCACAUUAUCUGUAUGAUUUUAAGACUGCUAUAUGUGCUAUAGUUUUCUAACACUAUUUGGUACUGGUGUUUGAGCCAAAGUUUUACUAUCAUUGUCUAAAUAAGAUUGAAGGAUGAAAUCUAAUAUUCUGCUGUGAUGAUUAAAUCCCUUGCUCUGGGAUAAUGGUGUUUAAUGCAUGUUCGUAAAGUGUCGUCCGGUCCCAGAUGAGCUUGAUUAGUCCACUUUCUGCAGACAUUGGAUUUGUUUUACAGAGGGAGGUUCAUAUCUGUUACUCUGCUGUGGUGAUUUAAUGCAAAUUAAUUAUCUAUACAGUUUAUUAACAUAAAAAGUGUGAUAUUUCAGAUUUUAAUAUGUGUGUUUUCAAUGAAAUACUGAUCAGCAGUAAUUAUGAUUCAUAAUAUAUUACUUUCUUUAUCAUUGCGUUUGUCGGUAGAAUAUGCAGCGUAAUUGUUAAUAUUGUAAAUAAAAUCAUUUAUUUUCCAUGCAAAUAUGAUGAUAUCUUUGUAAUUUAUUUUAAACAAUUCUUACAUGUGUAACAACAAGCAAAAUAAACCGUCUCUAUCAUA